GAGUUCGAGGGUACCUUUAUGACAGAAGCCAAAGACUGGGCUGGCGAGCUUAUAUCGGGACAAACAACAACAGGACGAAUUUUGGUCGUGCUUGUAUUUAUACUCAGCAUUGCAUCACUCAUUAUUUACUUCGUGGACGCAUCUAGCGAAGAAGUCGAAAGAUGUCAAAAAUGGAGUAAUAACAUUACUCAACAAAUCGAUCUCGCAUUCAAUAUAUUUUUUAUGGUUUACUUUUUUAUACGAUUCAUAGCGGCGUCCGAUAAACUUUGGUUUAUGUUAGAAAUGUACAGUUUUGUAGAUUAUUUUACAAUACCCCCGUCCUUUGUAUCAAUAUAUUUAGAUCGGACAUGGAUCGGUCUUCGAUUUCUUCGCGCGUUACGUCUCAUGACUGUACCGGAUAUUUUACAAUAUUUAAACGUUCUAAAAACAUCGAGCUCGAUACGCUUGGCUCAACUAGUAUCAAUUUUUAUAUCUGUAUGGUUAACAGCGGCGGGCAUAAUUCAUCUGCUGGAGAACUCUGGCGAUCCGCUGGAUUUUAAUAAUGCUCAUCGAUUAUCCUAUUGGACCUGUGUCUAUUUCCUAAUUGUGACCAUGUCAACGGUAGGAUAUGGUGACGUUUACUGUGAGACUGUAUUGGGAAGAACAUUCCUUGUGUUCUUUCUACUCGUCGGCUUGGCAAUGUUUGCCAGCAGUAUACCGGAAAUAAUAGAGCUCGUCGGUAGUGGCAAUAAAUACGGCGGCGAACUGAAAAGAGAACAUGGAAAGAGGUAG